AUGUCCGCGGGAGACCCGCUACAGCACCACCAGCACCACCAGCAACAGCAGCACAGGCAGCACGGGCGGCGCCUCUCCAGCCUACAGCUGCCCCGCCAGCCCCGGGUUACCAGCGCCCGGCUCGCCGACUUCGGCUUCCAGUUCACGCCCGCGCCGCCCGGCUACGGCGACGUGGAGCAGUUCGGGUGCCAGGCCGAGUUCGUGCGGGCGGUGCUGGACGGCAACCCGCGGGAGCUGAAGCGCAUCCUGACGCGGUACUCGCAGCUGGUGCAGAUCAACGGCUUCACGGCGGACGGGCAGACGGCGCUCACGCAGUCGUGUAUGGACGGCAACCUGGAGGUGAUCAAGGUGCUGGUGGCGCACGGCGCGUCCCUGCACCUCACCAACCGCGACGGGUUCUCGCCCCUCCACCUGGCGUGCUGGCGUGGCAAGCCUGACGUCAUGGAGUACCUCCUCCACUCCGCCUCCAGCAGACGGUAAUCCUUGUGAUAUCUACCUAGCUUAGUGACCCGUGCCAUGCAUGUGCAUGGUGAUAUGUGCCAUGCGGCUGCAUGGUGCCCUUUACCAUGCUCGUGCAUGGUGACCUGUGCCAUGCGUGAGUGUGGUGUUGUACAGCGCCGUGAGGCAGCAGAGUGCCGUGAAGUGAGGGCGGCAGGGACGGUCCAGCUCGCUCGCCCUGUGCAAUACCUUUGGAAUAUUCUAUUAUACAAUGUGUGUGCGUGUGUGUGUGUCCGCUGGAACUGUGCGGCCCCGCGAGUGUGACGGCGGCCAUCCUCCAUCAUGUUACAGUCUGUGAUGUCGGCACGGGGAGGGAGGGACGAGGCGGCCGUGGGAACCUGCCCGCCGCCGCCGCCGCCGCGACCGCCAUCGCCGCCCCGCCGCCCGAGCCCCGUCCUCGGGAGGCUGGUUGCCUACUGGCGGGCGGAGAAGCCCCAGAGGCCGGCCUCCCCACCCUCCUCCUCCUCCUCUUCGGAAGGCGGAGGACGUCCCCCUCCUCCAACCUCGUCCUCGACGUACUACUCGCCCCGAGACCCUCUCGACGGAGGGCCACGUUCUCUUCCUCCCCCCCUGCGACGCCACUACGAGAGCUGGAGGAGUGGGACAGGGGCGGGGGAGGCGAGGGCAGAGGGUCCCAUCUACCCCGGGCCUCCCCAGGUGGAUCGCCCUCCUCUCCUUCCCUCCUCCCUUCCCCUCCCCGCCCUCCUCCGCCUCCUCCUCCUCCUCCUCCCGCCGCUGGUGUGUGCGCUACAACAUCGGGUGUGAUGGAAUGUCGAGCGCGAGCAGAGGGAGGGAGGGAGGCAUGGGCGGCGGGCGGGAGAGAGCGGCGCGGGCGGAGGGCGACGGCGCCCACGAAGCGACGAGUCGACUCCUACGUGCAAUAUAUUGUGAAGAAGAGCAGCAGCAGAGAGGAACUGGUGACCCGUCGUAAGAAGAAAGAAAAAAAACUAAAAAAAAAAUCUAUAUAUUCUCAUUGUUAAUAAUGUGAUAAAGCUACAGGCCUACGCCGCCUGUGCCCGACUGUGCUACGCUGUUCCCAUUUGUCUCAGACCGUGCACGCAGAAGCCCGCAACCAAUAUAUAUAUUAACACGAAACAUCUGUGUAGUGUAGUGUGUCAAACCGAGUUCUUCACAUAUAUAUUUAAAAUGCUAGAGAAGAACAAGAACAAAAAAGAACAAUAUUAAACUAAAGAAUAUACGUAAUAAAAAAGUAAGACGAAAAAAAAAUCUCCCAGCUGUAGCAACAAGCACCUGUCACAGCUGUUGUACGUCAGAGCCGAGGUACACUUGCGUCUUAGGACCUCCUUCUUCGCCAGUUCAUGUUUCUCAGUUACUAACUGGACUUCGAAGAGAGAGAGAGAGAGAGAGAGAGAGAGAGAGAGAGAGAGAGAGAGAGAGAGAGAGAGAGAGAGAGAGAGAGAGAGAGAGAGAGAGAGAGAGAGGUGGCGUGAGUGCGUGCGCGCGCGUGAGAGAAGCCUGGUGAACGCAAAAGGACCCAGGGAGAAGAGAUUCCCGCAGCCUCUCCCUCUUGUAGAACAGCAGAGGUCCCAGCAGACACGAUGGUGACGUCAUCAUCGGCCCUCCCUCCCCGGCCGACCCCCACCCCCUCCUGUAGCGAAGACCGCAGCAGCAACAACGCGACGAAGACGAAAGGGUGAGGGGCAGAGGGGGAGGGAGGAGAGGGGGAACGAGAGAGAGACUUCAGCGGCUCCGUUACAUAAGGUCCAUUCUCCGUGACUAUAGCAAGAGAAAGUGACCCUUUGAGAGGAUAGCCGCAUGAUGGGGGGAAGAUUCUCACUUCCCCCCCACAACCCCCUCCCCUGCACCUCUCCGUACCCCUCCCCACCCCCUUCUUCCAGAGCUUUUCCAGCCGUGACCACGAAGGUGGAUGUGUGUGUGUGUGAGAGAGAGAGAGAGAGAGAGAGAGCAUCAAGACCGAAGUCAAGGAGCAGCCGAAAGGACAAGGAGAAGGCGAAGGAAGGAGAAAGAGAAGGAAGGAGAGAGUGAAGGAACUCGGACAAGCACCAUCAGCAGUGUGAUCCCCCCUCCCCUGCCACCCCCCACCCAUCGUGUGUCUAUUUCGUCUUUCGUCACCCUCUUGGGCUGCGGCGGAGCAAGACAGUGAUAUACAGUUCAUCGUGCCUUAAGAUCUAUGUUAAGUUGUUGUUAUAUGUUGAGAUGAUCCUUAUUUACAACGCAAUGUUUUUUUUUCACAUAUUUUUUUUCCUUUAAUUAUUUCCAUAGUCCAUCUUUGUCGAUGGAUUGAUUGUAAUAUUAAACUUUCAGAUAUGGUCUUAUAUUACUGAAUUAUAGCUAUAUUUUUAUACGUGAGAAUUUUGCCUAUCCUUUUCGUCCCUGUUUGUUGAGUUAAAUAUAAAAGUGUGAAUAUAAUUUAUUUGCAUGUCAAGAAUGUAAUGAAGAUUUUUUUUCUUUUAUUAUGACAAUAAAAUAAAGAAAUUGC